AAGAGAAUGUUGAGAGGGAAAAAAAAAACCAAAUAACCCAAAAAAAAAAGGUAAAAAGUAAAAAGAGGGCAGCGCGGUUGAAUCUUGGUGAGAGGGAGAAAGCUAUUGGACUUCAGCCUUUUGGAGGUCUACGUUUACAAUAUAUAGCCUAAGGUUGACUGGUGAUUAUCCUCGAUUAUAUGUUUUGGGCUUCAACUUCGAUCUUCUCUGGCUAACAUGGAAGAUUCGGAUAAUCAAGAAGGGUCAACAAUGGAGAACAACAGGGACUGGCGGGGUUCGGAUGCCUCGAGUUUCUACCGGAUAAUUACGCAGCCUGUUGUUGAUGAAGGCCAAUUGGGAUUGCCCAAGAACUUUGUUAAAGAAUACGGUGACGAAAUCUGCUCCAGUGUCAGGCUUAAUGUUCCAUCUGGCGGCAUAUUUCGUGUUGGAAUUGAGAAGGAUGAGAACAUGCUCUGGCUCCGUGAUGGUUGGCAAAGAUUUGCCGAGCAUCAUUCUUUGACAUUUGGAUACUUUCUGUGGUUCAAAUAUAACGGGAAUUCAGAAUUUGAUGUUGCCAUAUUUGAUCUCACUGCUACAGAGAUUGAUUAUCAAUGCUGCAGUAAUAACAGUAAAAAGUUCAAUCCCGUAGCAGAGACUACAGUUCCCGAACCCGAACACGACGCUUUUUGUUCUGCCAAAACAGAUGAUCGUCAUCCCAUAGAAAUCUCGUCUUCUUCAGAGACCGAGGAAGUAGAAAUUCGCGAUGUAACUACUGAUUCGGGUAACCCUCGUUCGAUCAGGAGGAGGUCAAGAAGAAGAGGAAAGAAAAUUUCGGAGCACGACGUUGUUACAAGGUUGUUCAAAUCAGACAAUCCGUACUUCUCACUGACAAUGAAAGAGUACAAUUUGGGCCGCUGUUAUAUUGUGCAUGUUCCAGCUGAAUUUUCUAGCACUUAUCUGCGCACUGACAAAAAAUCUGUUGAACUUCAGGAUUCUGAUGGAAACAAGUGGACUGUUGGUGUCAUAGUCAGAUAUGGUAGGGUUAUAAGUCUGAGCAAGGGAUGGUGUUAUUUUUGUAGGGAUCACAAAUUGUGUUCUGGAGAUGUCUGUGUCUUUGAGGUGAUCAAAUCUAGACCUGUGGUGAUAAAGGUGACUAUUUUUCCUGCCAGAGAAAGUGUAGAAGUGAAGUAGAUGUUGGUGUGAAUUGUGAUGCUACCCUGCUGAUAGUCAUAUUUGUGAGAUUCAUGCAAGAUUUUGCUGAAGCCCAGACAAUAUGUUACCUAGAUUUCAAGGACUGUUUUAGCUAUUAAUUUGUUAAAGUUUGUUAUAUGGAUGCUUUGCAGGUUUUUAUUCCUUUAUCUGAGUUGUGAAUUUUAAUCAAUUCCUACAAUUUUGGGA